AUGGCUUCGUCUUUCUUUGCUUAGGUCACGGGUUUCCUCCGGUUUUCCUCUCCCCUCUUUUGCCACUAUAUAUCUCUCUCCCUCUGGCUCUUUCUCUUUCCUCUUAUUUAGUUAUUAGAACACGAUUUCCCCCCUCAUUCAAAGCCCUCAUUCCUUUCUCGUGCUCCUCUUUCUCUUCUUCUCUGAGUCUGAAAUUCUCAAAAGAGUAUCAGAGAGAUAAAGGGAGGAGGCCUUUUGUUUCUCUCCCUUUUACUUCAGUGCUCAGACUUAAGUUCCUCUUGCUGGCUUCUGCUGAUCUUUUAGACAAAACCCGUAUUUCUUUCCAUUUGGGUUUGCUCUGUUCUUCUCUUUUUUUUUUUUUUUUCUUGUAUUGGGUACUGGGUAGAAGAGGAGUACUUCCUCUUCCUUCAAGGUUAAGGUUUCUUCUCUGUUUCCUCUGUUUUAGUUCCAAAAGAAAUCUGUUUUCUCUCUGGUAGGAGAUGGGGUUCCCAGAAAAGUCACACGUAGAUGGAGAGUCAGAAGGCAAGAAAUGGGUCACUGCUGGAAUUUCAUUGCGAACUCCGUUAAGGCCAAUAAAUACGAACCCGAGGGAGGACAACGACGAAGAGGAAUGUUCGACAACACCGACGGCCUCUGAAGCGAGGAUACCAGAGAGGUUGCCAUGCCCGCCGGCUCCAAGGAAGCGUAGGCCUUCUUCAAAAUGCCAUUUUAACGGCGUUAGGGAGUUCUUUACCCCGCCAGACCUAGAAUCUGUAUUUAUGCGCCAUGCCCAGAAAGCCAAGUGAGUUUCGUUCAAGGGAGGAAAGGUCCGCCCUUAUUGUUGUUGUUCCUUUUCUUCUUCAUUCUUCCCUCUUUUGCAAUCUCUUCUCUAUUCUUCAUGGCAGAGGGAAGUUGAUGUACAGAAGCUAUGAUAUAUGAAAUGCUUUUAAGUUUUGGCUCACGAGGUUCCAAUGCAGAGUGUAUAUUUGAGUUGGGACCAAUGGUUCAAGCAUGGUGAAAAGCUGCAGACUCUCUAUAGAGAGAGCAGUAUGCACACAACUAUCUGCCACUGCAAAACUAUGUUUGUAUUUGUAUGUUGGAAAUUUAGAAUGGGGUCUUGUAGCAUUUGCUUAAUAUUUCUUUGAA